AAAGGCUUUGGCUUUAGCCUGCGAGGCGGGAGCGAAUAUAACAUGGACAUCUAUGUCUUGGCUCUCAUGGAAGGUGGACCGGCCCAGCAAUGUGGCAAGAUUCAGGUGAGCGACCAGCUGAUAGAGAUCAACGGGGAGUCUACGGCGGGCAUGACGCACACGCAGGCGGUGGAGCAUAUCCGUAACGGGGGUAGCCGGAUGCGCCUGGUGCUGAAGAGGGGCAACGGUUUCGUCCCCGAUUAUGACCACGAGUACAGCCAGAGUCCCACCAAGCUGCAGCCGGCGCCGGAGGCAGAGGACAAAGCCAGGCAGCGGCGCCGGAGAUCCAACCUGCUCGGGCCCCCGCCGUGCCAGGGACCGGAUGUCUGCGACGGGGGCAGCCAGGAAGCAUCGCCCAGUAACAGGCAGCAGCUCCCCAAAACCCGGCAGCCGAACCGGCAGCACCACGGCUCCGCCAAGGCCCAGGGGGACGAAGACAGAGAAGAGGGGGAGGGGGGCUGGAGGCACCGGGAGCCCGGGAAGACUGCGGAGGGCGGCGAAGACAGCUGCAAGCUCCUCUCCCCCAGGCCGAGCCGGAAGCUACGCUCAGACCUGGUCCCCGGGCCCUGGCUUGUCCCCAGCAAGGAGCGCCUCUCUCGGGCUCUGUGGGGCGUCUGCAUGGGGCAGGGGGAGGAGGAGGAGCAGAAGGGCGACCCGGGGAGGGGGAAGGGCAUGGCGGUGAAGAGGCGGAGCUAGAGCCUCCCCCGCUUGGCGCAAGUGCACGACUACUCAGUGCCUGGGGCAAUGGCACGCCCCUCCCCCCAAUCUGGACUAUGCAAUAGGAUCUUCGCUUUUUUUUUUGGUAUGUGUCCUCCUUUUCCCAUUCAUACUAUGCAACAGAAGCCUUCCUCUGUUUUGCUGUCUGCUCCCAUCCCUCUGCCAUACUAUGCAAUGGGUCUUGUCGCGACCUUCUCUCCCCCCCCCCCC